GACUUGGAGAGGAAAAAACGAAUUGUUGGAGCCAACCUCGCGAGCCUCCUGGGCGCGCGUUCCCGUACGUACGAGCGUCCGCACGUUCUGACGCACACCCGCCCACUCCUGACCUUUCUUACGGCGAAGACUAAUGACGGCGCAGCCUAUAAGCUCUUUCUCUGAGCGUCUCUCCAGGACAGCGGUACGUGCGCGCGCGUAGUUUCCCCCCCUCAUCCCCUUUUCCGGCUUCCCAGGCAGUAUGGCUGCCACAGCCACGAUGGCUACUUCGGGUUCUGCGCGGAAGAGACUGCUGAAAGAGGAAGACAUGACCAAAGUGGAAUUCGAGACCAGUGAAGAAGUGGACGUGACACCCACUUUUGACACGAUGGGUUUGCGGGAGGAUUUGCUGCGAGGCAUCUACGCCUACGGUUUUGAGAAACCAUCAGCUAUCCAACAGCGUGCUAUCAAACAAAUUAUUAAGGGAAGAGAUGUCAUUGCACAGUCUCAAUCUGGUACAGGCAAAACAGCAACAUUUAGCAUUUCAGUUCUCCAGUGUUUGGAUAUUCAGGUGCGAGAAACCCAGGCUUUGAUCUUGGCUCCAACCAGGGAAUUAGCUGUUCAAAUUCAAAAGGGUCUUCUUGCUCUUGGUGACUACAUGAAUGUUCAAUGUCAUGCCUGUAUUGGAGGGACAAAUGUUGGUGAAGAUAUCAGGAAACUGGAUUAUGGGCAACAUGUCGUUGCUGGUACACCAGGUCGUGUUUUUGAUAUGAUUCGUCGCAGAAGUUUAAGAACUCGUGCUAUCAAGAUGUUGGUUUUGGAUGAAGCUGAUGAAAUGCUUAAUAAAGGAUUCAAGGAACAGAUUUAUGAUGUGUACAGAUAUCUGCCUCCUGCUACCCAGGUAGUUUUGAUCAGUGCCACAUUGCCUCAUGAGAUCUUAGAAAUGACCAAUAAAUUCAUGACUGAUCCAAUUCGCAUCCUGGUUAAACGUGAUGAAUUGACUCUGGAAGGAAUCAAACAGUUUUUUGUGGCAGUGGAAAGAGAAGAAUGGAAAUUUGACACUUUGUGUGACCUUUAUGAUACUUUGACUAUCACUCAAGCAGUCAUCUUUUGUAAUACCAAGAGGAAGGUAGACUGGCUGACUGAGAAAAUGAGAGAAGCCAACUUCACUGUUUCAUCAAUGCAUGGAGACAUGCCCCAAAAAGAAAGAGAGUCUAUCAUGAAAGAGUUUAGAUCUGGUGCAAGCCGAGUACUUAUUUCAACAGACGUCUGGGCCAGAGGAUUAGAUGUUCCUCAAGUCUCUCUUAUCAUUAACUAUGACUUGCCCAAUAACAGAGAAUUAUACAUACACAGAAUUGGGAGAUCAGGUCGAUAUGGCCGAAAGGGUGUUGCGAUUAAUUUUGUAAAGAAUGAUGAUAUCCGAAUUCUCAGAGAUAUUGAACAGUACUACUCAACUCAAAUUGAUGAAAUGCCCAUGAAUGUUGCCGAUCUUAUCUGAUGAAAAACUGAAGACCAGUUGGAGACUAUUUCAUACUACAUUUGGAAGUUGGAAAGCUUAUUGUAUGCUGUUUAAGUACAACUUUUAUUUAAUAAGAGGGUUUAUUUGUGUUAAACUCUCUUCACCCAGCUCCUGCCCCACAAGCUGCUCUUUGUGGGAUUUCUGCCAUCUCCUAUUACCUGGCGUGUAAAUUAUGCAUUGCUACAAGUCCUGUUUUUCAAUAAAAAUUGAGAAAUUUUCACAUAAA